AUGGAUUCACAAGCAAAGUCUGAUAAGGUACUAACCCCUGAAUAUCUGGAUUGGUAUUCCAAAUUAACUGAUUUGCCAACCACUAUAUCUGUUAAACUUCAUUCCAAGUUGUAUAAAAUAUACAAGAAAAAAACUGGGCUUGAUCCUUGGAUAAAGUCUGAAAAUCUGGAACCCCCACAAAUCGAAAAGACUGAUAAUUAUAUCUUACAGGACAGUUCGCUGGAAAUCCAGAAAGGCAACAAAACGUUAUUAAAAUGGUAUUAG